UAAGGUAAAUUAUGAUUAAUGAUAGUAAGAUUGGCCAAGAAAUGGCUGGACUCACUUCGUCUUCCUUUCUCUUGGGCAAGUAAUGUCCGCCUCUCCGAAUAAUCCAGCUGAAGGAGUAAAACUAUAUAAUCUGCGACCAGGCGAUUUAAACAAAUUCCCGAAAAUUUAAAGAUCAGCCCGUAUAUGACACCAUCUACCCGAGCGAGCUUCGCCAACUGUGCAGAUAUGCAAAGCGCAGACGUGCCUCAUCGUCUUGUCUCGCCAGCCGUUCACAGCGGCCGAUCCCCCGUAGUGGGUUGAGCCGUACAAAUAAGCACCAAGUCAAACCAAACCAAAUUGCUCUGUCGUUCGAUAGGCCCUUUCCUACAAUGGAAGAAAAGGCGGCUGAUGCGACUAAUGUGUUGGACGCCGAAGCCUCCCGUAGCGUCGACGCCUCUCGCACUCAAGAGUCGUCGCGAGGAAAGCGAAAGCGUCGUCGUUCGAAGAAAGCUCAUAAGCAACCCGGGGACUCGGCAGCUGCGCCUGGUUCACUGGACAAGGGCACGAGAGGCAGGGAUCUCCGGGAACAGUCUUCAGUUACACCUACCGAGAAGAGCUCGAGCAGCAAGCUUGAAACCACGGAGAAGACCACCAAUAAAGAAGAAACCAAAGAACGGAACCGGGACAACUCUGCGCCGGUAAAGAAGCUGCAGGGUGCCGUGGAAGGCACUCAGAACCCAGGAACGGAUCGCGUGGCUCAGGCUCCAUCCAGCGUCGGGAACGCGGAGGCCCCACAAACGAAAGCAGUCGAGUCUGCGCCUCGAGGCGAUGUUAGCCAAACGCCGGAGGAAAACAGACAGCGGUGCCGGUAUUUCAACGACGUGAAGAAAACAGUGGCCCUGACGGCGGGCUUGAUCACCGUAAUCUUCAUCAUAAUCAUCGGACCUAACGGCCGCAAGCCCGGCGGGUAUGUUACGUGCGACACCGACAGCUGCAACCUCUUGGCGCAGAGGCUACGCGCGUCACUUAACGCGUCCGCCGCCGUACCGUGUUACAAUUUCAAGGAAUUCGUCUGCAACGGGUGGCGACGCCAGAACACCUACAGCGUUCGCCAAAACAUGACGCUUACCGCACUUUACGCGCUAGCGGGUCUGGCCAACAGUGUCAGUGUGCCGACCAAAGGCCAGACGACUGCCCAGAAAGGCGCAGGCUUCUUCCGCAGCUGCUACGCUGUCCUCAAAAACGACAAGAACGGCAUCGCAGUAGUCAAGAAGUUGCUGAGAGAAGCCAAGGUCGAAUGGCCCCGGCGUCCCUCGUAGGGCUCAACGACUACACGGCGUCACAGAUUUUUUUUAUAGCGUCGUGUUACGCGAAAUGUCCGGGAAGUUCUGAAGGCACUCGCGAAGACUGCAAUGUGGCAUUGAGGUACGUGGAUGCCUUCGCUGACGCCUUCAGAUGUCCGCAAUUAACGUAUAUGAACCCCGCCAACCGCUGUCGCCUCUUCUGACACCGGCUUGGAUUUGACUGGUUUGCAAAUUGGUUCUCGAACUUUGUGCAUUGCGCGCAUCAGUGUUGUUUGACUUUAAUGCGGUGCAAUGAUGCGGCAACGCGGUAGAAAAGUCAGUGCACGGAACAGAAACGCUUUCUAAUACUGGCGAAUGCGUUUUGUCAAGCUUAACGAGAUGCUAUUCCGGCUUCGGGUUUUAAUAGUCUUCGGCCUUGCAAUAUUAUGCGCCGCCGGAUUGAGUGUUUGAAAGUAUAUCGCAUAACCAAAGGCUGGCAACCGCAUUCCGUGCAUCCAGUGGCUCUUUGAGAAAACAUGUAUUGUACGGACAUUAAUUCUGAUCUGACACAUACGUGGCAUAAACUGGCAACUGCUGCUUAUGUCACCGAGCUGCAGUUUUGCUGCAUACACGACAAGAGAACCUUUCCAGCGUGUGGUUGGUGUCAAUUACACUGUAUAACGUGAA